UCCUUUCUCUGUGGUCGCACAGUAAAAAGUGGAGUCCUUAAACUGCGAUUCCCAGGAUGCAUGGGGUUUCCCAGACUGCUUUGCGAAAGCAUGGCGGGCAAGAUGUGAAUGUCAAUAGUGAGGUAAACAGGGCAUUUUAAUUCAAGAGGAAAGAAAGAACAGAAAGUGUGCGUAACCUCUCUUGGAGACUUUUCAUCUUGACAUCCGCCUAACACGCUGUGUGAUGUCAGUGAGUUGAUUUCAUGUCCGCCUGCGUGUUUGAAUUCCUAAACUUUAGAAGUUGCAGUCCCGAAGCCUCACCAUUUUUGUGAACAUGCUUUGUGCUUCUCUGCGAGUUGUGCAGCGUAUGGAGAAGCUGCCCCGGUGCUUGGGCAAGCAAUUGUUGCCACAUUCUGUGCUCACCAGAGCUUACUUGAAGACCCAGCCUUUGAGAUGGGGGCUGCUAGAGCAGAAGAGAACAGUGCAUCCUAGAACUGCUCUUGGGUUCACACAGAAAACCUUCUGGACGCAAGGGCCGAACCCCCAGAAAGCAAACGAGGACGGCAGCAAGCAAGUGUCUAUUCACGGAAAUCAGAGAGAGGAAACCGGCGUCUCAACGUCUCAGAAAGUGAAGGAAGCCGGAAGAGACUUCACCUACUUGAUAGUGGUGCUCUUCGGAGUCAGCAUUACAGGUGGCUUGUUAUACACGAUUUUCAAAGAAUUGUUUUCUGCAUCCAGUCCUAACAUCAUAUACGGGAAAGCCUUAGGCAAAUGCAGAACGCACCCAGAGGUGAUCAGUGUGUUUGGGGAGCCUGUUAAAGGCUACGGGGAAAUGUCGAGACGUGGGCGGAGACAGCAUGUCAGUUUUAUUGAAUAUGCAAAAAAUGGGCUAAAGCGCAUCCGUGUGAAAUUCUACAUUGAGGGCUCUGAACCAGGGAAGCAAGGAACAGUGCAUGCAGAAGUGGAAGAGGACCCACAGAGUGGCCAAUUUGAAUUUCGAUAUGUAUUUGUGGAAGUGGCUCCUACUAGAUCUAUUAUCGUUGAAGAUAAUCGUUCCCAAAGGAGUUAACAGAAACAAGCCAGCCUGCUGCUUCCUGCAGUGGAUAAAGGGAUUCAUUGCCACUGUGAUCUUCACAACUCUCAGAAACUGUUCAGAAAAAUAAGAAUAAAAAGUAUGUCACACAGAAAGUGAGUGUAAUGUGAGAAUUCAUGGGUUUGGACAAUCCAGACUGAGAUUUUUCUUGUGAAAAAUCAUGAAAUGUAGCCAAUUUUACAGCAUCAUGUCAAAUUGCAAAUCAUUGACAGUAUUUCAGCUCUAUGUUCAUGAUAAAUUUUUGUUACUGCAAUUUAUACACCACAUAAAUAAAAGUUUCAAUACUUUA